AUGGAAGGUACGGAGAACGGAGUACUUUUCGAGGUACUUUUACGGAUACUGAUACUGAUGAAAGGCAAGGGCAGUGGAAGCGAUGGUUCCGCCGUUCCCCAGCGCAAGGAGCCGAUUUGCCGAGCCCAUCUUGCCCCGACCUUUUUGUGGUACCGCUGGCGCACCUACCUCUACAAUCUCCUGCAUAGUACAUCGAGUCUCACCACAGGCCUUGCGGCCCUUGCCUACCUCGGGUUGCAACUGGUCACUCGACUGCAAGUCUCCAACAAUACCUACCUAGGGCAGGAAGAAGCGAGCAACAAUGGCCCUAAUGCUUCCUUCAUCUGCCUCUUCCCUGAAAUUUGUCCAUCCAUCUCUACCCGACUCCUGGGCCCGUCCCUCGCAGGCAGGCUCGCACUCAAGAGUUCCCACACUUACCAACGGAUACCCUACCUACCUUAUACUCCCAAAGCUGCUUGCUACACCAUGCAGAGAAACAGCACUACCUCACCGGCCAUGGCCCGUCGUCUACGCAGUAUGGGCCUGGAAGUUGGACCCGACGUCCGACUUUUCUCGUGCCGUGCCCACCCCUCAACUCUCUCCACCAUCCUAACAGACGCCAUAUCCAUGAGCCAACGAAACCACCUCUUCGCUCUACAAGUAGUGUACUCUGGAGCCCAAGUUCCAACCCCCGGCCGCCCAAGCUCUUCGGAGGUCAUCGCCGUCUCAACCCACGCAUUCGACCUUGGCUCCGCUCUCCGCGAGCCCGGUGUCUCUUGCUCGACUCUCACCCCAUAUCUCAUACUUGAAAACCUUCCGUUGCUUAGAGGAUUUCCACCACUGACCUGUGACCAGGGCUCUGACAGUUCACAGCAUGACAAGCGCUGCGAGCUAAGAAGGACCGGUCGCUGGCCUCGUGGAACGAAUCAUGGCCGCCGGGACGGCUUGACCAUCCUCUUGGCUCCUAAUUCGCCUUGGCUUUUGUUUCCCAAAGCCAAACGUCUGGCGCUUCCGCGGUCGACAAUGAUACGGUCGAACCUGAUUGACGCUCUAGCUCAACACGCCAACUUUUUUCGCUAUCCACCGGCUCCAGGCACAUGGAUUUCCGCAAAACAAGCGCACCCCGCGGCCGUCGAACGCCAUUUCUUUGCCUCGUCCCCAACGGGUCUGAGUUGGAUCCGCCCUGCCAGCCGUCAGUCACCUUGUUGCCUCCACGUGCUCGAUAACACAGCUUGGGCUUCCCUGUGCGCGUAUCUGUUGGCUGCUUGGCCUGAUGGUUGUCAGGGGGAAAAGUUCCUGAUGUUUUGUCGAACGACAUAUCCAUCUGCUGCACCUCAAGCAUUUGUCACAACAUCCGCCAUCCGUCAAUCUCCCCCUCACUGGAGUCCCCCUUUUCCUGGCUUGUCUCCUUCCCUUUGGUCACUGCGUCCCGGCCGGGACGCCUCACCCGAUCUCUCGACGGCUUCUUGCACCCAAGACCAUAGAUCAUCAAGCAACGUUGUACGGCCUCUGCUGUGCUGCGAAAGCCACAGCACGGCCGGUCCAAUACCGGCCAGCGCCUUCUUCAGCACAUGCGCAGCUUCUGAGCGCAAGACGUCCACCGCUCCGUUAGUCUACCACCUUGCGGUGUACCAACUCUACACACUAGCAUCCACAACUGCAACUUCUGCAUGCCCCAAGCCCGAGAUUGGCGAGAUCAUCGCUCGCCAUGAUGACGCUGCGUGGGAAGCCGUGUGCUUCGGUGACAUGUCGUUGAUCAACAACGAGAUCGCGAUCUCUCAGCUUUCUACAACAUGCUGCGACAUUCCCUCCGAGGGCAUUGUACAAAGAUUCCCAAUGAACCAUCUUCUCGGACAGUUGCCAAUGAUAGUCAAGCCCUACGCCCUGGCCCGAGAAAUCUCUCAAGACCCUCAUCAAGGGCUUGAUGCAGUUAAACUUCCGUCACCAGGGUCCAACCAUUUGCCACCUUGGGGCUUCUGCCGUUCUCCAACCCGCAAGCUAGUGUUUGAUAGGCAUACGGAUCACCCGGAGAAGUGCAGUCGUCGGGAAAUGGCCCUUGGACAGUUGGCCCGGGUUGAUGGCAACCUUAGCGUUUGGCGCACCAAGAGCACGCAACUAACGGAUUCCUUUGAGGGUUGCUGCCCCAAAACGUUUGACGCUGGGCUACGGUUUCUGGAAAGUCUGAAAGUCUGCCAGACUAUCGGACAUGAUAAACUUUGUUUUCUGAGACGGGUGUGCGCGGCGUGCGUCUCUCUACACUACAGUAGCGAAUGUCGUUGCGGUCGUCAACCAGACGCGGGGCGCAUUUACACUUCGUCCGCGAGUCAGGUUCCCUUAUCCGGAGUUCAUUCCAUGGAAGCUUUUGAGGCACUUUUUGCUAGUCUAGGCAACCGGGAAUCUGGUAUCCGCGAUGGGCCGGCAUUACCCAGACACGUCAAACUUUCGGAAUAUUUGAAUGUUGAUGGAUCAUGGAGUGGGUGUGGGAGGGGAGACGGCAACGGCGAUCAACCUAGCUGGGGGCGGAUGUUGAAGGCAUCACGGACACGGAGGAGUACGGUGGUGGUCGUCUGGUGCACCUUUCGGCGGCGGCCUCCUCCUACCGCGGAUCUAGGCAUCUACUUCGGCACUUACGGCACCGAAAAGGAGACCGACGCAUGGCGGCGGUGCGGCGUCACACACACACACGCACACACAUACUUCACACUCACACGCCUGCGCGCUCACUCACUUACUCACUCACGCUACAUCUUCACCAUAGUGGUAACCUUUGGAUGGGUGGCGGGAGGCGGUAAAAUGAGACAGCAAAGGAAGCGAGUUAGACGCGAGGCGCUGACAAGCUUCGGCCGACAAGCGUCUCUCUGGUGA